AGGAAAGCGAUAUUCUAUGUCCCGACAUAUAGUCUCGCAAUUUUUCUUAUUGUGACGUAAACAUGUAGACGUUCAUCCAUAAAUAGCUGCUCAGUAGAUCCCCUUUUGCAUCACCACAUUUUUCUCUUUGUGAAAACCCCAAGACUUGGAAAUUAAAGACUCUUUAACCAGAGAGAAAAUGGCAGAGAAGGAGGAAUCACCCUAUCCCAUGGCAGCCAACGAAGAGUCAAGUUUAGUCACCGAAAAUUCGAGAGCGCUAAGGAAAAAGAAGCGCAUGAAAUGCAUAGCAUUUUUUGUGGCUUUUACUAUCUUCCAAACUGUUGUAAUUUUGGUAUUUGUACUAACAGUUUUGCGAUUCAAGAGUCCUAAAUUUAGCGUACGUUCUGGCUCAUUUGAUAAUGAUACCUUUCAAAUUGGCAUGGAAUCGGAUGCAGCUCCUUCCUUCAACCUGACGAUGAACACUCAGUUUGGGGUCAAGAACACUGACUUUGGCCACUUUAAUUAUGAAAUGAGCACUGUCACAUUUGAAUAUAGAGGCACAGCUGUUGGCAUGGUCAGUGUUGAUAAGGCACGAACCAGGGCUAGAACCACUAGAAAAUUCGAUGCCAAGUUGUUGUUGAAGACGGAUAGUAUGGCUGAUGAAAGUUUUGAGCAGCUAGGUGGAGACAUCAGUUCAGGGAAGGUGCCACUUACUAGCUCUUCCAGUUUCACUUGAUGAAACUGAUCAAGAAGAAGAAAUGUGCCCAAAUGAAUUGCACAAUGAACGUUGAUAUCCAAACAAGAACCCUUCAGGACAUCGUCUGCAAGUGACCUGCUUACAUUUGCUAG